AUGAACAAGUUGCUGCUGAAAGAGCUAAAGAAAGACAAAAGUCGUAUCAGUGGCCAUGUCUCUGUCAAAUUCGCUAAAGGCAAAGAUGGGAACCUGGUGUUCCCUGAUAUUACACCUCUGUAUCCGACGAAGCAUCGGUUGUUGACACCUGUAGAUCAUCAAGGGCCUCGGACUGGCGAGCAGUUUAAUCUGACAUACUGGGUUUAUGAUAAACAUUACAAGAAGGGUGGGCCGAUCUUUUUAUAUCUAAGCGGAGAAACAACGCUGUCGGACUAUGUCGCUGGUACAUUUCUGAAUGGAAGUCGCGUAUACGACUUGCAAGAGAAGUUUGGAGGAUUAGGAAUUGCCUUACAGCACCGUUAUUAUGGAGAUUCAACCCCACAAUCUGCGUGGGGAACUGGCGCUAGUGGAAUCACCAUCGACACUCCAGCGGAAAAGCUGAGGUACCUCAGGACUGACUUGGCACUGCAAGAUGUUAAAUUUCUUGCGGAUAAUUUUAAUUAUACAAGCGAAAGAGUCCCGGCGGGCACUGAUUUAAGGGGAAAGGGUUCUCCGUGGGUAGUACUUGGUGGCUCGUACGCCGGAAACAUGGCUAGCUACCUGAGAAAAUUGUAUCCGGAUACGUUCUUCGCGGCAUACGCUUCAGGUGCGCCUGUUGAGGCCCGGACAAUGAUGCCAAUGUACUGGGAUAUUGUAGCAAAGUCGAUCGGAUCCACAGAGCCAGCAUGUGUCAAGAAUAUGAAUUCCGCGAUGAGAUAUAUUGACCAAGAGUUGGCAAAAGGCGGACAAUCAGCAGCAGUAAUGAAGAUAAUGUUCCUUGGUCCCGGUGGUGAAAUCAAUACCAACGGCUGGUUUGCAGAAACAAUCAUGUUCCCUUUCUUUGGGUUCCAAUUUGGGGGGAUAGACGAACCUAUAAUCGAUGACACUGUCUGGUCCCUUAGAAACCUUUGCGACCAUAUGAAUACCGACGGCGAUAUCAAAUCCCCAGUAACAGGCUGGCCGGAAAAUGCAGAAGACUCGACUCUGACGAGGAGCGGCAGCUGGAGCGCCAGACAAUGGGCAACUUGGCCCGGAUAUAUUGAACUUCUAAAAGCAUGGGGGUAUUCCUGCACCGGAUUUGGGUCCGCUAGGGGUCCGGGAUCUUGCAAAAUAGCUCAAUUUUCCAAUAAUUCUGACGACAUAGCUUGGGCCUGGCAGUUUUGUUUCGAGUGGGGUUUCUUCCAGACUGGAAACGUUGGGACUGAGCAGAUCGUGUCGAAGUUUAGCAACCUAGAGCACUGGAAGAGCAAAUGUAACCUAUACUUUAAAGAUCCAACUGCUGGGGCGUAUAUUGGAAAUAGCUCUAGGCCAUCCACGAAUGCGAUAAAUCAAGCAUUCGGCGGUUGGAACGAUCCACAACCACGAACAUUCUACACCAUGGGUGAAAAUGACCCCUGGAGCGCACUGGGAUUCUUGAAGACGAGAUUUUCAGAAGGGUUGGCUGAUGGCCCGCGAUACGUUGCGAAUUCGACCGUUCCUUCAUGCUAUAAAAGACCUUCAAGGGACGAUUUAUUCGGUGUCGUCAUCAAGGAUGGGCCCCAUGCUGUGGAUCUUGUAAUUAGAGAAUGGUCUCUAGAAGCACUUCCAGUGUUUAUUGCAGCUAUUGAGGCUUGGCUACCCUGUUUUGGGGCGGCGAGGGAACGAUUUGAAGCACACAGACAAAACGCGAUCCCGGCGACUAUGCAAAGGUUCGGCCCAAUCGAAACGAAUCAAACCUUCACGAUUAAGCCUACUACCGAAUCUCGUAAUCAAACCUUUUUCGCGACCAAAGUGAAAACUAACUCGACAAUGUUAAGAAAACUUUUGAAAAUAUCAGUGGAGGAAAAGGGAAAAAGACUGGAGCGCCGGGCGAAAUUAUGGACAGAUUAG